GGUGUACGCCGCCAUCUUCGAACUACAAAAAACAUAUACGCACAUCAUUAUACAUCAAUCCGUCCUCGUCGCGGACGCGGAGUCCAUGACCGCAUAUUGUGUAAGCGCGUGAAAUACCGAUUGUAAAUACACGCGCAGUGUGUGCUUGCGUCCCCUUCCACGUGACCCCGAAUCCAAUAUCCCUUCCACGCGAAGGCCACCUCAAAGAAGCCCAUUCGCAUCGGCUUCGAUAAAUAAAAAGUCAGCGUACAAGUAAGUCGAUCGAUGAGUCGGUCUUUACUUCGCGCAGUAACAUCAGCUGUCCUAAGGAGUCAUCACGGCGUAGCAGCUAGAACCUGCAGUUCCAAUCAACAACCACCGAAAAUGUCGAAGGAAGUACCAGACAAGUCCGAGCUGAAGAGCCGUCUGACACCGUUGCAGUGGCAUGUGACGCAGGAGAAGGGCACCGAGCGACCCUACACCGGCUGCUACAACAAGUUUUACGAAGGCGGCGUCUACACAUGCAUCGUCUGCGAGCAGGAGCUCUUUACCUCCGACAGCAAGUACGACAGCGGCUGUGGCUGGCCGGCCUUCAACGACGUUCUCGAACAGGGCCGCGUUAAGCUCACCAAGGACACGACUCUCAACAUGGUGAGGACCGAGGUGACUUGCUCCAAGUGCGAUGCGCACCUUGGACACGUGUUCAACGACGGACCCAAACCCAAGAGAAAGAGGUUCUGCAUCAACUCGGCCUCGCUCAACUUUCAUCCGGCUGACGUGAAGAAGGAGUAGGUGUACGUGGUGUGAUUUUUUUAUGAUCUGUGCGAGAGGGACUUUGUUACGCUGAGUUGUGAAAUAUUGUGUACAUAAUUAUAUAUUAUACCAUUGGUCGAUUGUAAAUUUUAAAAUAUAUAAGGGCUUAAAGAAAUUAA